AUGAUACUAGUUUGCAGCUCAGAUGGUAAGUUAGAAAUCAUAUUAUCAAAGCAAGACAUCCAGGUGGGAGAGGAUGUCUUAAUGUUGUGCAAAGCGAGUGGAGAAGGAGAGAUAACCUGGCACAAAGAUGGAGAGGAAAUAGACGAUGACGAAAAAGUUUAUAAAUUAGAUGAAACCUCCUCAAAACUGCAGAUCAACAGGGCUACACUACAGGACUCUGGAAGAUAUAUCUGUAGGUGCGAGUUUGAAUCAGGAUACACGGAUGAAACCCAGACUCUAAUUUUUAUAUAUUCUGGCCCAUCUUUUGAAGGCUCAGUAUCUUACCAUGAGUUUCUGGAGGGAACAGAUGGGCUGGUCCCAUGUCUGGUGUCUGGGCAGCCAGCAGUGGAUGUUGUGUGGCUCAGAGACAAACUGGAGAUACCCCAAGGCAGUCUAAUGACAAGCUCUUUAAGUUUUAGGCGGGUCUGGCAACAGAAAGAUAACACACUUUUCAUUGGGCAAGUAAAGAGAGAGGAUGCAGGGAUGUAUGUGUGCCAAGCUCAUAUCAGAGGGAGGCCAAUCGUUCAAUCACUGCCCGUGUCUGUGGUCAUCAAUGCUCCUCCAAAAGUACAUCUGAGAGAAGAUGUUAUAAAAGUUCUGGCUGGACGAGAGGCAAAUGUGUCCCUAAUAUGUUUAGUGGAUGGCCUCCCAAAACCCAACAUUACCUGGACCAUGCCCAUGGCUUUUGACCCGUCUCGGCAUCAGUUCAACUCUGACCGCAGUGAACUCACCAUCCGGGCCGUGACGAGGGAGGACUACGGAGAAUACAUGUGCACAGCCAUGAAUAAGAUUGGGGAGAGCACUGCGACUAUUACGCUCCAUGUUUUUGAGGCCCCUGAGGUGUCUGUGUCCCCUGAACGGCAGAGCGUGUCUGUCGGAGACAGAGUGUCCGUCUCCUGUAAUGUGUCUGGACAUCCGCAGCCAGAGCUCCACUGGCUCAACAAACAGAACGGACUUCCUAUAGGUCAAGACUCCGGCCGCGUCCGUGCUGUGGACGGAGUGCUGCUCAUUGAGGAUAUAGUGCCCUUUGAUGGUGGCUUGUAUUCAUGCAUGGCAGUGAGCAGCUCUGGGAACGCGUCCAGGGAUGCAGCCAUCCACACUCCGCCUGGCCCUCCACUCUACCUGUCCGUCUCACCUGGACCCUCGUCGGUCCUUUUCAGCCUCAAAACGCUGCCUGUAAAUGGAGGAACACCCAUCACAAGUUUUGUCCUGCAGUGGAAGCAAAGUCCAAAUGAACAAUGGAACGAGAUGGCAGUACCUGUGUCAGGAACUCUGGUUAUCGCAUCCUUAAAGCCUUACACAAAGUACACGGUGCGUCUGGCAGCCCUCAAUGCGGUGGGCGUGGGAAUGUUCUCAGACGCCAACAUCAUUCGCACUCAAGGAAUACGAGAGCCGGACAGUCCCAUCCUGCUGACCGAUCAUUUCAAAAUCGUAGGAAACUCUUUCUUCAUCCCAGUCAAGCAAAGUGAUGAUGGUGGAUCUCCUUUGUUAAACAUCAGUGUACGCUACAAACAGGAUUCUGAAUCUGCUGAGUGGAAAGAGACACAGCUUCCCAGAAAUGCAAAUUCAGUUUUCCUCCAGAAUUUGUCCUUUGGCUCUGACUAUGAUCUGGAGGUCAUGGCCAUCAAUGCUAAUGGUUCCUCUAUUCCAGCUCGCUUCAACUUCACCAUUGCAGAGCCGCCUUAUAAAGGUAGCACCUUGACCAAAGGCACCAUAGUUGGUAUUGUUUUGUUGAUCUUCUUGGUGGUUUUCUUGAUCGUUGAUGCGACUUGUUGCUAUAAGAAUCACUGUGGCCUCCUCAUGACUAUUGCAGUGAAGAUUUUUGGACAGAAAGUACCAGGGAUGAAGGUGCUUGACGAGGGGGAUGCUCCUGCAAAUGGAGUGAAACUGAAGGGAAUUACCUCUCGGGGGAGCUCACACCAGCUCGCUCAGCUUGCUCUUCAGGCCUCAAAGGACCUGGGACAGCACAAAGAGACCUGUGACAAGGCACCGCUCACCAAAAAUGAGAAAAAACAAGCUGGCCGUGAGCUGUCUAAUCGGGAACAGCUGCUUUCACACGGCUCCUGUUUACGUGGACGAGGUUCUGUGAAGUGGACAGAAACGGAUAAGCUGAAGACAAGCUCCUGUGGUCACAUCAAUCCCAAGAAGAACUGCACCAUGGAAGACACAGAUGUGGAGCAGGUGACACUGGCUUUAUUAGAUGCUGCCAAUGACAAAGACACAGGGGUCCAGGAGCAGGUUAGGAAGUCUGUGCUGACCCUGGGGAAGCAGCAGCCGGAGCGUGUCCUUGCCAUGUGCCAAGACUACCUGAUCAAACACCCAAAGCUUAUUGUGAGCCACAGAGUUGUGAUUCUUCGAACAAUUGAACUGAUUGUUGACAGCCAAAUUGAGGAGAUCAGUUUCAAUAAGAUCAAAAUCAUCAUCUCACUUGCAUCUGAUGAAAUGACACGUUCAAAGGAUGUCAUCCCUGAUUGGCAACAGGCUGCUAGUAAUAUUUUGGUUGCUGUUGGAAACAAACACAUAAAUGACAUAAUGGAGGAGAUUUUGAGCAAGUUUCAACCUGGAAUUCUGCCCCACUUCUUUGUUGUUCAGACAUUGGCCAAUCUGUCAGACUCAAAUGUGUUUGGGAUGGUUCCUUUCCUGAAUGCCAUACUGGGUACGAUGCUGCCCAUGCUCGCCAUGGCCAAACAAGACAAUAUGAAGUGGGUCUUUUCUUCUGCACUCCGACAUUUCUGUGACAGCAUCCUGGAGUACCUGGCAAACCUUGACAAAGCUCCAGAUCCCACAGUUAGAAAAGACACUUUCUCCAGUGAAAUAUCUGCUGCUUUUGACAUUCUUUUUCAAAACUGGUUACAAAGCAGAGAACCCAAGCUGCGACUCACUGUGGCUGAGGCCCUGGGCUCUAUGUGCCACCUGAUGGCAAGAGACAAACUGGAGGAGCACAUUCCAAAACUUAUUCCCUCAAUCUUGUCUUUGUAUAAAAAACACAAUAAUGAUAAUUAUAUUAUAAGCAAGAGUCUGUGCCAAGUUCUUGAUGCAUCCGUCAAUAUGGGCAGCAGAGUAUUAGAAGCACAGCUGGAGAGUUUACUUUUCCCCCUUCAUCAUCAGGUGUCUAUUCCAGUGGAUUACAGUAAUCCUCCAACCGUCAAGAACCACAACGAGGUCUUGCGCUGCUUCAGUCUACUCGCAAACACAUUCCCAAGCCGGUUGAUGAUGUUUGUACUUCAUGGGUUGGAAAACAGCAAUGAAAGAAGUAGACUGGGCUCUUUGGCGGUGCUGCGGCAUCUCAUCAACUCUUCUAUUUCCACGAUGGAGACCAAAAAGCUCCAGAUUUUAGCCAGCAUUAGACAACCGAUGGCUGACCACAGCAAUAAGGUGAAGAAGCGUGUGGUGCAGGUGAUCAGUGCCAUGGCCCAUCAUGGUUAUCUGGAGUUGGAGGGCGGGGAAUUGUUGGUUCGGUUCAUUGUUCAAAACUGUGCUCUCCCUGACACAUACCAUCGUGGACAGAGAACCACAGAUCCAGAGGAGGUGACGAAUGAGGCCCUUAGAUCCAUGUGCGACAACACUCUGCAUCUGCUCACCACCACUGUCGGACAACUCGCAGAUGUUCUUUGGCCAAAACUUUUUUAUUUCCUGACGCUACCACAGUAUAGCAGUGCCACCACUCCUCUCUGUAAAAGUUUAGUCAUCCUCGGAAAUAAGAAGAAAAUGAAUCAGGAAAGCAGUUUCAACAUAGACUUCAAACAAGAAGUUAAUCUCCCUACCUCUCAAACACUAUUCAUAAGGCUGCUGGUGAAUGCAGCUUUUCCAUUUAAUAACAGAGGUCAUGGGGCUCCGUCACUCUCUUUGCUUCAAGUACUUGGCAAUAACAUCCAUCCAAAGAUGGAAACACUAUGGGACAAUGAGAUACCACCAUUACUAACACUAUUAGAGGAAUCUGCAGUUGAAAAUCUUGACAAGAAGAAAUGGGAAGACAAGUUAUUAAAGUUCUUGUCCAAAACAUUAGCAACUAUGGAAGAAGACACAUGGGUCAUUCAGCUGGCAUCUGAUGCAACUCAAUACCUCUCCACUUAUAAAACUGCCUUGGACGAAAAGAGUUUUCUUUACCGGUGUAUUGGGGUGACUCUUCAGCACAGUUUCAACAAAGAACAAGUUAAAAGACGGCUACAUGAAAUGCUCUUAUCAGCACAUCACAACGACGCCAUUGAGCGAGAGGGAGUUGCGAUGAGUGUUGGAUUGUGCGCCAACAGCCACUUGGAGGGCACCUUGGCAAAACUGGAAGACUUUGGAAAAUCAGAAGCUUUUAAGAAGAGCCCAAGCAUCUUCAGCCUUCUCAAAGAACGUAAUGAGGUUGAGGUGGAGAAAGUGAAGAGCACUUUGAUCUUGUGCUAUGGUCAAGUGGCUCUCCACGCUCCUCCAGAGAAGAUCCUAAACCGCAUCGACAACGACAUCCUCCGAAACAUCAAUAAACACUUCAACACUAAGGUUCUGGGGAUUAAAGUAGAGACCAAGGACAUGACCAUGAAGCUGAGUUUGAUCCAGAGUGUUGGUUUCAUUGCUAAAGCCAUCAGUGAGUGUGUGAAGAAACAGGGCUAUGUUUUCACCCGCAAACAAGAACUCAUUACAACUAUGCUGGAUUUCAUAAAGGCUGAAACGACCGAUCAUUUGAGAACUCCAAUGCGCCAUCUAGUGAUGACAACUUGUGCCAAUCUAAUUGCUCUUGACCCUGCUCUAAGUGAGAAUGAGACAUUUGAUUUGUUGAAGACUUGCGUAAGUAAUGUUUUUUCAUUGCCACCUGAGACAAAAACGCCAGAGAAAGUUAAAGAAGACGAAAUACUCGAUCCCAAACAAAGACAGGCACUUUUCAAAGACACUAUAGCCGCACUUCAAGAUCUGCUCAAGAGCGUCCUGUCCCGUGAUCCCACUCCAGAUGGACUUCAGAGUGUGUUUAAGCACAUUGAAUCCUGGUUAAGUUCAGCUCAUGAUCACGAGAGGGAGAGGGCUGUUUCGGUUACGGCAAACAUAUUGGCCUACUAUCUUGACAUCCUCACCGUUAAGAAUAUGGUCACUUUCCACAAUCUGGGAGCUCUUCUGGGCCGACUGUCUCCGCGAUGCACUGAUCCUGUCCCCGCUGUGAGGACUGCUGCCAUUGAUUGUCUAUAUACUCUGCUCAAUAUACAACUACGAUAUGAAGGAUUUGCCCUUGAUUAUAAGGACGAAGGUGUGGACAGUUUACUCCAAUUAAAGGAAAAUUUAGAACAUCCAGACCACGCUAUCUUGUACAAAACCUGUUCAGACAUUACAAAGGUCAUGAGUAAAAGAUUACCGCAGCAGCAGUUGACGACACUGAUCUUCAUGCUGUUCGAGGGACUCGUGGACAGUCAGAUAAACUGCUGCAGAGCCUCUUCAGUCAUUCUCAACACUCUGCUGAAGAACCGAGGCGGUGGACUGCAAGAACUGGUUCCAGAGAUGAUGGAGGUGCUACAUGUGCGUUUGCAGAACAUUACAGAGGACCAGGUGCGAGUCGCUGUGGGGCAGACAGUUCUGAUCUUGGCUUCUCAGCAUUUACAAACUGUGAUGAACACAUUAAUAAACCAGCCAUUCCCGUACGACAGUUGGACGAGUGAGAUGUGGAUGGCUUUGGGAUCAGACCCAGUCAUAGCCAAACAAAUCAUGGAAAUGGUGAUGGAAAAACUGCUCAUUUUGGCUCCAUUCGUUGAGCGCAAAGAUGGGAUGAUCCGAGCUGGAAGUAGUAAGAUUGCCACAAACCAGCCUCUCGCGAUGACUUGCGGACUCAAAGACUUAUUAUUAAAUGGCCAGAGUCAGGAACCUGCUCUGAGUUUGUUCCCACAGCUUUUCUCGUGUCUCAUCAUCAGAAUUGGUGCAAGUGUUGGUGUUACUGCCCCCAAGGAGAACGCAAAGCAGGCUGGGACUGUCCAUGUGGCAGGGAUUGCGACUGAGGCACUAAGGAUUUUGUUAGCUCGAGCUCAGAUGGAUGAAGUUAUGAAAAGACUGGAUGAAGACAACGCCUGGGAGGCAAUGAAAGAGCCUAAUACACACAUAAGUGGAAUCACACAACUGGCCAGAGCUAUUGCUAAACAUGCUGGACCACGGUUGCCUGCCAUUGUUGAGUGCUCGUGUCCGUCUCUGAAUAACAUCUAUGAAUCCCAGAGGAUCACUGUUACCGCAUUCUUUUCUGAGCUGUUAAACCACCACGUGGCCACAGAGCUGAUGCUGAUCGAUGUCUUAAUGAACAACAUGAUGGAGAGGAUAUCGGACCACUGCAGCACGGUCCGCAUGCUGGCUGUCAGGGGCCUGGGCAACAUCGCAGUGGGAUCACCGGAGAAGGUGAAUAAAUAUGCAAAGGAGCUGCUGGCGGCUAUGAGCUCAGGCAUGGAGGAGAAGGACGAUCCUGAUAAAUUGAUCACUCUUGAGGCCAUGUCUGGUUUGUCAAAAGUUCUUCUUCACCUUGAUAAGAAAAAUGUCCAUUUACUUGUGGUCUAUAUCUUCAUGAAGAUUAAGCCGUUCUUGGAGAGUGAGAACGAUGAGAUCCGCUGUGCCUCCAUACAUCUGAUGGGAAACCUGUCCAAGUUUGGGUCUGGAGAGCCCGUCUUCAAAGACCAGAUCCACAAUGUGCUGGUGAGUCUGCUGCUGCACCUGGUCGACCCAAACCCUGAGGUUGUGAAGGCUUGUAAGUUUGCCAUGCGCACUUGUGCUCCUGUGGUGGGAUCGGAGCAGAUCACGUCAAUGUUUCAAAACCACCUUCUUGAAGACAAAAACCUGCACUACGGAGAGUUCAUCAAUGACCUUACCAAGUACCUGAUCCAGGACUUUCCAAGCAUGUUAAACUUCUAUCACAUCUCGGUGAUCCAGUUCUUCAAAAGUCACUGGCCUCAAGUGAGAGCAGGAGCCGCCAUGUUCAUAGGAUUUCUGCUUGGAAAUCUUCCCGAGGAGCAUCUCUCCCACCUCAACAUGGGCACCAUCACUAAAGGACUUGUGAUGUUGCUUCAAGACCCAGACCCCAAUGUCAGAGUAAAAGCUGCCGAAGCCAUGGGGCAUUUCCACUGA